UUCACAGGCCCUGCGCACGUGUCGGCAUUGGUUAUGUUGUUGUAUCCACAAGAGCAGUUCCACUGAUUCGUAAGUUCGUGAAGCGAAGCGACAGCCAUAUUUCGUGAUAGCGGACAAUGAAGGGUCUAGACACUGUGCAAGGGCGAGACUGGGUGAGAACUUUGCUUGUGUAUAAAAACGUGUUGGAAGAGGGCCUGAACAGGUUACACCCUGAUGCCAUUGACGCAACAGGUCUAGAUUUUAUAAUCAAUCUACUCGAAGUAUUCUUGGUCAAUGAUGGGCGCAAGCUGAUACGCCUACAAACUACGAGGGCAUCUGUGGAUCUCGCGUGCUCAGUGUGUCCCGCGUACUGUACCCGGUGUGCUUCGUGUCCCCCGUGUACUCUGUGUACCCUGUGUACCCUGUGUACCCUGUGUACCCUGUGUACCCUGUGUACCCUGUCUGCCCUGUGUACCCUGUGUGCCCUGUGUGCCCUGUGUGCCCCCCUUCGCGCCACGCUUGCCUGGUGCCCAGGCGAACGAUCUGUGUGGGAGAAGUCUCCUUAUUUCACUUUUCGUGCAGCGUGCAGCUUACGAGUUCGUCAGUCGCCUUACUAAUGCGCAUAUGAGGUGGCAAGCACGCGGGGCUAACACUGUAAAGAAGCUCCGUUUGUGACAAAAUGAUCCAGGUUUACUCGCAUACGCGGUAACAUCAUUUGGAACACCCGCACCCGCCACACCUGGUCGCGCCAGGAUUUCCACCACAUACUCUGCAGUCCUGGCACAUGUUUGUGUUGAGCGCUUUAUGACGGCGAGGGAACCUGGACGUAGGGGCUGCCGAAGAUUCUC